GCGGCAUGUUGUAUGUUUAACGGGCAACAACAAGAUCCUGUAUGACUGCGUAAAAUCAGUGCGCUUUCGGCUUUUAAUGGCGCCGCUACGGCAGAGAAUUGCGAAGGGUUUGAAUGCUACAGAGAUAGGAAAGAAAAUCAAAAGGGGUAAUGCACUGCGGCAGGGAACUGCAUGGUGGAGUUCCAGAGGCCUAACAGCUUUUUUGCUGGUUGCUCUGUGUUUUUGUGGGGCAGCAACUUGGCUGUACAUCACUUCUUGGGAUCCUGACAUUACAGAAACAUUGGUCAGCCAGCGUGAGCAUGUCUCUCCAAAGCCCAGAGUUUACAUUGUCCAGUGCUCAGAGGACUAUGACAACUACAAACGCUACCCAGGCUGCACUCCGCAGAAGUGUGGGCGUGCGUUCGCAGACGGCGUGGUGACAGUGGAGGAAGCUCGGGUCCUCAGGAGACUGGCUGAGAGGGGGCUACAACUAGCUGGAUCCGAGGGAGGAGCCUCCAUCUUGGACCUGCACUCAGGAGCAUUAUCGAUGGGGAAACAAUUUGUUAACAUUUACAGGUAUUUUGGGGAUAAGGUUCAGGAGGUGUUCACAGAAGAGGAUUUCCGGCUAUACAGAGAUGUACGCAAGCGAAUCCAAACACUUAUUGCAGAGACGUUUGGUUUGGACCAAACUCUGAUGUACCUCACCAAGCCCACCUUCUUCUCCAGGAUCAACUCCUCAACGGCCAAGACCCAACACGACGAGUACUGGCACCCACACAUAGAUAAGGUGACGUAUGGUUCGUUUGACUACACGUCCCUUCUGUACCUGUCUGACUACGGCUCUGACUUCACUGGAGGAAGGUUUGUCUUUAUGGACCAAAAUGGCAACAAGACGGUUGAACCACGAGCAGGUAGAGUGUCUUUCUUUUCCUCCGGCUCUGAGAACCUCCACCGUGUGGAGACGGUGUCAUGGGGGACCCGGUACGCCAUUACCGUGUCCUUCACAUGCGACCCGACACAAGCCAUCUCUGACCCAGCUCUGCCCUGAAGCACCCAUGGGUGGAGAGGGAGGGGCCCGGGAAGGUCCUCCGGCUCACUCAAGCCCUGCAAAACGGGGGGAAGCAGAGCGUGAUGAGAGGAUAUGAAAAGGAAGGUUAAUUUGUUGCUCAAGUUAGUUUCAGAGUUCAUACAAUAGCUGCAGUCUUUUGAUUGGCUGCCUCGUACUGAUUGUGCCAAGACAGUAUUUUUUCCCCUUUCCCUGUUUUUAGAACGGUCUGGUUUUUAAAAAUAUUUGGUUCAGACCAGAGUAGCAAACCACAAGUGUGAAAACAGCCUUAGGAAAAAACAGAGGAGGGGUUUUGAUCCUAAUUUUAAGAUAAUGGUGAACAUGAAGCAGAGUCAUCAAACAACUGCCAGGCAGCUAAGAAAUAUGAUUAACAAAAUCUAAUGACUGAAACAUGAUUUUUUUGUUUUUUUUUUUCAAAAACUGGUUUUGAUAUCAUCAGCGUGGCCUGAUGUUCGGAUCCAUACAAUACUUCAAUACCUAUACUUACUUACUUACAAUCAACAACAUCAACAGGGUUGGGUUAUGUUCUUGAUUGUUUGGUUUUAAUAUUUAAUGAAGAAAAUAUGUGUGUAUACAUCUGAAAAGUCUAGGAUAAUGACCUCUGACUUACAUGAUAAUAGCGUAGCAAUGUUAAACGUUACAAAUGUAUGCAAAUUACUGGUAAAUAUCCUAAUUUAGUUUAGUUGAACUGCUCAGCAUCUGGAUACAGUAUUCAGAAUACUAUAUACAGUGAGACAUUAUAAUAAUAAUGUUAUGACUGAAUGGACAAACCCGACAGUCCUCUGAUCCAAAUUUAAGACUUGUAGAAAAAUUGCAAUAAUUUAAAAGAACUAUAGAUUCUGUGUCAUUUUCUGUAGGGUAUUGACACGGUCAUGAUCUCUUGACUGCAAAGGCAAAAAAAACGCUCUCUAUUUAAACAUAUCGGAUUGUUGAGCUGCACGCCAUUGCUGCCAGGGUUGGAUGCAAUAAGUCAUUUGGAACUUCUUCCAAAAUUCCUGAAGGUUACGGACAAACAAGUCAAGUGAAGAAAUAUUGAACUAGAGGACCCGCUGUUUGUCAAGACACGGGAUGAUCCUCUGUACAAAUGAAGGUUGUUACUGGUGCUUUUCAGAAAAGCAUCUUCAAAGGCUUUAUUUCCUUCAACGCUGCAAAAUUGCCUGUGUGGAAACUGUAUGAGAGCACCAAACAUGGCAUGUUUUAUUCUUUGAUGAGAAAAAAAUGCAACCGUGAUGGACCUGAUGGCUUGCAAGCUUACUGGUCUGACAAGGAGGUGUUUUCCACAAGACACAGUGGACGUGUGGCGCCUCAUGAUCUGAGGUGCUGUGUAGCUUCAGGUUGUGCAGGGCCGUCAAACGGCAGAUGGAUAUGUGGAGAUGUUGCAGGGGGCAUCCCUCAUGAAACCCUUGUCUGUGUGGUAAUUCUUGCAUUUUUUGUUUUUAUUGUUUUUCUGCCUUAUAUCAUUAUCUCUGUAUUCAUUUAGGUACCUACUUGAAUCCAUAUGCACCUCGCCUGGGUGUCAAUUGAAGAAUGUUCGUCUUAUUCAUUAUUAUUCAUUACUAUUUGGGAGUUAUGUGUUGCUGCAAUAACAUCUUUGGGUGGUAUUAUUAUUAUUAAGUGAGCACCAGUAAAAAAAAUUGUUUUUACGUCUGUUUUUCCAGCAAUUCCUGACAACUUGUAUACAAACCCCAGUUUCAAGUUUUGAUAUUGUACAUGCAGUUCAAAUCAAAACCUGUAUUAAUUUGAAAAGUACCCUAAAGAUAUUAAAUGUAUUUGAA